AUGGUGUUUCCACAUGUGUACUUAUUCAUAGUUUUAACUAUAACUAGGACUUCCAUAGGUGUUUCAGAAGGCUGGUUUUUACAUGUGACGGACUUUCACUGGGACAACACGUACACAAGUAGGGAUCUUUCCUGUAAUGGCGUGGUAAAUACCCACGGUGUUUAUGGGGACUACUGGUGCGACUCCCCGUUUUCACUUAUUGACGUCACAAUAAAGGCCAUGAAGAAUGCUACAAUAGAUAAGACAGUUGAUUUUAUGCUUUGGACUGGUGAUAGCAUUCUUCAUACCGGUGAUGAACAUCUAAGCAUCGACAAUAAUAUUGAAAUGCUUACAAAUCUGACAAACAAUUUACAGCAAACGUUUCCUACAAUGGACGUUUAUGCCACUUACGGAAAUCACGAUUACUUCCCUAAUGGACAGUACCCUCCACAUAACAAUGAGAUUUAUAACAGAACACUGGAACAUUGGAGAAGCUGGAUCAACGAUAGUACACAGGAGGAAACAUUUUUGAAAGGUUAG